AUGGGGAGAAUCAAGAAGGUUGCGGCACAAAAGCACGAGGCUACUUUGUCUCCCUACCUUGCGGAAUUCGUAGCUCGUGCGAUUACAGUUCCCGUUCCAGAGCUGCCUUCCCACCUUCGCUCAUUUGCUCGAGUUUGGCCAUUCCCAAGAGGUGACCUGUAUCACUGGAUCAAUGUCUUGAAUCGCUUUGACGAAAUUCUGGCCUCAGUCAUUGAUAAAUACAGUCUCGGCAAUGGCCCUCAAACCGCGCCCUUUAGCCGACAAUACCUCGCGCAUUGCUAUACAAGUGAAGACCCUAAGUUAGACGUACGGGACGCUGAGACCAAGCUUGCGGCUUUAGAGUACAGUGCAGAGGGAGAUAGAGAGCUUCUGGAAGCCAUAAUUGACUUCUCUAGGCUACUCUUGGAGAAAUGUGGCAACCGCAGCUUGUACAAUAGCAGUGAACGCCUAGGCGAGUUACUCAACACGACGUCGCUGAGCCUUUUACAGUCUACACUUCGGUUGUCUCUCUCUUUGGCACAAAGGUACCAUUCGCGGCACCGGGGCGGCUCCCACCUUCAACACAGUUUGCUGGCAACGCAUUACAACAUCGACCUCGAGAAACUGCAAAAAAUCGCGGCGCCUUUCUCCCGCCCUGCUCUGACCGGACGACCAGGGCUCUCGCCACCGGGUAUCAAGAGCAAGGACAAAGCGCGUCAGACCAAACACAAUGCCAAUGACUUAACGUCCCUCACGCGGGAGGACGAUAGCUGGGAUGAUUGGGGUCAUGUGCACCUCCUCUAUUACCCGUCGGGAUCUGUCGAACAAGCGACAGCAAACGCAGAAAACGGACCGGGUGGCUCUCACGCGCACGUUCCUACGACCCCCACGCCUUUGCGCCGAAGUCAUACUACCGGCUCUACUCCGCGGAUUGGCCGCAUCUCUUCGACUGAGGACUCACCGGUAUCAGUUGUCAACACACCCGCUGGCAAACCCGAAGAAAAUAUGCCUGGUGGAAAAACGCUGGAUAUUCCGAACUCGAUAGUUUCCUCGGCAUCACCCGAAGAAGUUUUCUCAAUGCAUUCUAAAGAAUUGCCGGACGAUUCGAAGUACGAAUUACUGAAUAAGAUCCGCAAUGCGAAGGGGCUUGCCACCUCUCAGUCAACGAGAGAACAGAUACUCGCCAUAAGAAUCCUCGCAAUCACGAAUCUGGCGUACAUCUAUCCAGAACCGCUCUUUCAACAAAAGAUCCUCCAAUUCGAUAUGGAGCACCCAAAACGUCUUCAACUCGCCUAUCAACUGGGAGAGUUGGUCCAUCUUGGGGCUAGUGGAGAUCUCCCUGUCUCCCGGACUGUGCAAACAUUGUCCAUCCAGGCUCUCGAUGCGCUAGCAAAGCACAAAGCGCGAGCCAUUGACGUCUGUGCUGCGCUUAGCGUCAAUGUGAAUCACGGUGUUCUUAUGUUCUUGACCCGAAAAGCUGUCAACGAACUGAGUGUGGAGGGCGAUGAAAGUGAUGAAAGUGGCCAAGACGAAUGGCGGGAUGCUCUACUCGCUUUACUGCGUACUCUUCCAGGCUCAAGCACUAGGACCCCGGAGACCCUUGUAGCUGCUGGAUUGAUCCCUAUGUUUGUGGAUGUUCUCAAUCUUCGCACUGAUAAGGCUCGUCGUGUUUAUUCCCGCGUCAUGGAAUUUCUCGACAGUUUUGUGAUUGCGGUCCGGGACGCCUUUGGAAUACUUACCAACGCCAAGGGAUUUGAUGCGCUUUCAGACUUGAUUGAUUAUGAGGCCAAAUCUUCUUUCGACAAUGUAUCUCGGGGAGCGGGAAUUCCAGACCACUAUAAGACAUCGUCAAUCGAUUACCAAAUCCCCUAUUUCCAACAGCAGACUCUACGCUGGCUGUUUCGGUUCGUCAAUCACAUAAUGCAACACAGUGGCGGUGGAUUUGAUCGAGUCCUUCGGAACUUGAUUGAUUCCCCGCAGUUGCUUACCUCUCUGCGCCUUGUCAUUGAAAAUGCGCAUAUAUUUGGCUCCCAUGUGUGGAGUAGCGCCGUCAACAUUCUCAGCAGUUUCAUUCAUAACGAACCAACUAGCUACCAGGUCAUUGCAGAGGCUGGGUUGAGUAAGAGUUUUCUGGAAGCCAUUACGCUCUCAAACGUCAGCGCUCCAAAAACCUCACCAGGUGAGGGCGAGUCUGUGGAGCCGUAUACCGCCGAAACACAGGGCCUACCUACGGUGUCAUCGAGCUUGCCCACUGGCCUCUCGGAUGAGCACAAGCAGAAACCCCGGGAUUACGUUGUCGCGAGAACAAAAGAUGCUCGCUUAGCUCCUGGCAUCAUGCCCGCUACUGAAGCUCUCUCUUGUAUUCCUUCAGCAUUUGGAGCCAUCUGUCUGAAUGGCUCGGGCUUGGAACUAUUCCAAUCAUCGCAUGCCCUGGAAAGCUAUUUUGAGAUAUUCGAGAAUCCUACGCAUGUGAAGUGCCUCAUUAAGGACGAUACGAAUCUGGUUCGCUCGCUGGGAAGUACUUUCGAUGAACUAGUUCGUCAUCACCCGCGCUUGAAAUCUUCAAUCAUGACAGCAAUCAUGGUGAUGGUUGCCCGGGUCGGAUUUCUGUGUAGAACCAAGGCUUGGUCACAUGGUAUGGGCGCGAAGUUGUGGAAAGAGGACUCACAAGGCAAGCCUAUAAUCUCAGGGGAACCUUGGCAGCUACUGAAAGCAAUUGGUCUUGAUGGCUCUGUGCAUGAAAGCUCUGAUGACAUGCAGGUUUACGGUGUUUCUAGCAUAAAUACUGAUGCAAAACUCCCAAACGGAGGCAAGCUAAGCAUCGGGAAUCUGAGCGGGCUUCUUCCGCCUUUAGACGCCCAAGUUGAGCCCAAGGAUGAGGACACGGAUGGACUGACGACAACUGACUAUCUCUUCGCCAUGUUGCGGUUUUUGGGGGCGUUCUUCGAGAACCAGUCCAACUGCACUUAUUUCAUUGAAUCUGGAGGCGUGGAAUUCAUUCUGGAUCUUGCUACUUUGCAGAGCCUUCCCUUUGAUUUCCAUAAUUCCGAAGCAAAUCAGGAGCUAACAGUUCUGGUCCAUAUGCUCGUUGAAACCAAACCCCAUCUAGUUGUACCGUCGCUUAUCUGUCGUGCCGAACGAAUUGUUGACAUGCUGAGUGAUUUCUGGCAAUCAUCGGAAGAGCAAGGAUUCUUCUCCUCCUUGGUCCAACCAGGAAAGGAAGGUCAUGGAAAAGCCCCCAGCUCGGUUGACGAACCAUCUAAGACCUCGAGAGAUAACGGAACUUUCUUCGCGAAACAUAUGGCAUCAGCGCUCAUACUUGUCGACCUCCUCCGCGAAGCAUUUUCUUUGCCUCUCUAUCAAUCCAGACCUAGUCAGCAGACCUCGGUCUUUGCUCAAGUCAACCUAGCCGACCGUUAUAGCGCUCUGGUCAGGAAGCUUGGCAGCUUGCAUGCGGCUUGCGUAUGGGAGGAGAUCCUGCUUGAGAAGCAUAUUCCGGACACUUGGGACCAAGCGACAAGAGUCCAGCCACCCCCGUCUGAUAGACCUGCAGAAAACUCGGGACGCUUGGAACGAACUACCUCCGAUUUCCUCACGAAUGUGGCUCGUCAAGAUGUGCCAACCGGUAGCAACUCUCCUAACCCGCAAACACCCCAGCCGCCUAGUGACGUCCCACCGAAACCUACCGAAGCCGGCGCAGCUUUCAAGAAUGUGCAGGUGCUUCGGUAUCUGCUAAGCUCGCUACCCUCUUCAAUUACCGGAUUCUUCCGUAACCUAGGACUUGGCUUGAUUGGAAAGAGGCGAAUCGAAGCAUAUCAGAAGCAGAAUGCCACUACGGUGGCCGAGGUUAUCGCAGGAGCCGUACUUGCACAACUGCAGUUUAAGGCUGCCAAUUCAAGUGGUAAUCAAAAGCUCAGAUUCGCAUACCUCAUUGUCAUCCUGUCGUCGUUUUCUCACCUGCUAUUCGAAGCUGUACCCGACCGUCAUCACUCCUAUUACCUUACGCUUGUCCUGUUUGCCUUCAAGAAGAGCAACGGACUGGAGGUUCUAAAGGAUGUCUGUGAUCUGUUCGUGCGUGAAGUCAAGGCUCUUACGCCACCCGAGUCUGUCCCUGAUUCCGAAACCGAUGUGUCUGCGAGGUUGACGUCCGCCUAUGGCGGCAUCAAAAUAAUCCUAAGUUUUUUUGCUGAGCUAGCCUCCGGCAAGAGCAUUAUGGAAUCAACCCAAACACAGGCCAUGACCAGUGAACGCGAUCGUGGGCGCCCUGACUAUUUUCAUGCCGGUCAAUUUCUGGUGGACCUUCGAAUGCAAAUCCUACCUAUGGCGCGCGAUUUGUGGAACUCGGAUUUUGCGACUCAAUCUACGAGCUCCGUUGUCAAAUGCCUCGUUGAUAUCUUGCGUUCGUCUCUGGACGGUGAAUAUGAAACAGGUGCAGCUCGGCGAUCUGACUCCCAACCGAUGCUGGCGGAUGUGCAACGGAAGCGUUUCCCCAUUCAUAAGGACCGUGUAAAGACUUUACAGGACAAGGGUUUCGAUAGCCAGCUAGUCCAGGAAGCUCUCUUUCGUUGCAACAACUCUCUCCCAGCCGCCGAGGAGUAUUGCAGAGCACGGGGGUAUCUUAGAGCGCCCGAGCUUAUACCGCCAGAAGCGAAUGAGCUCGAACCAGCCCGCUCUGCUGCUGAAGGACUCGAGGACUCGGCUGGCGGUGAUGCUGCGCCUUUUGAUGGCACUACAUUCUUCGAUCAAUCACUCUCCAUGCUUCUUGCCCAGGCGCACGGACGUUCAGAGGACGGUCAUCGGGACACGAAUCCGGAGGAUUUCACAAGAGCUUUGACGCAGAUGCUGACCUCAGCGUCUGGAGAUGACAUUGGCCCAGCCAGCAAUCAGCCAGAGCCUAGCAAUGCUCGCGCGAGCAAUUCGGCUGAAUCAGCGGAACAGCGCCUUGACCAGCAACCCACGAAGCGACGCGAGUUAGCCACCGUCGAGGAUUUGGAUGCUGAAAGGGAAAAGGUUCGGUCAAAUCUGAUUGAGCGAUGCUUGGACGUUCUAAAUGAACACCAUGAUGUCUCCUUUGAGUUGUCCGAUCUGAUCGGCUCUGCUAUCAAGAAGCAUCGGGAUCCGGAAAGCUUUAGAAGAGAGGUUGGAGAACUUCUGGUCCAAUCGUUGGUCUCGUUGCAGAUGGAGGACUUCCAAGCCGCAGGCAAGAAAGUCGCUGCUUAUGCUCAUCUUCUAGCAUUGGUGGUUCAGGACAAGGAGAUGUACAACGCUACGUUAGACGAGCUCAAGGAGUGUUUCACAACGUUCCUUCAAUUCAUCGCCGUUCCUUCGCAGAAAACUCCGGACGAAUCAUUUCCGUGGGUGGGACACGUAUUGCUCGUUCUCGAAAAACUUCUAUCUGAUGACGCUCAACCGCCUCAAAUUAACUGGACCUUACCUGAUAACGCUGAUCCCGGUUCGAGGGAAGAUGGACCGGCUCAGUUGCAGGCGCCUCUCAUACCCCACGACGAGAAAAUGCAUUUGUUCGAAGUCUUGAUCGAAGUGCUUCCCAGGGUUGGGAAGGACGAUACUCUUGCUCUGUCGAUCUGUCGAAUCCUUGUGAUACUCACCAGAAUUCGCAAUAUUGCCGUCCGACUUGGCGAAAAGCGGAAUCUACAACGCCUGUUCGUCAUGGUUAAGCAGCUUUCCAGCUCCACAAAUGAGAAACUUCAAGGCGCUUUCAUGCUGAUUUUGAGGCAUAUCAUCGAAGACGAAGAUACUAUCCGGCAAAUCAUGCGGAGUGAGAUUGUCGCCAAUUUUGAGUCGAAGUCACAUUCCCGGCCAAUCGAUACCACAGGUUACGUCAGACAAAUGUACCAUCUAGUACUCAGAUCCCCGGAAAUCUUCGUUGAAGUUUCGAACGAAAAGCUCAAGCUUUUGCGUUACGAUAGCCGGCAACGUCCUCAGCACCUCGCGUUGAAGUCUGAGAAAAAUACUGGUGCGGACGCGAAGUCCAGUCAAAGCACUGGUGACAAGAAGUCUGACAAAGCCCAAGACGACAGAGAGAAGGGGAAGGCCAACGAGCUGAAAACGCCCGUCGUGGAGAGGCCGGAUGGAGUCAUUCACUAUCUUCUUUCUGAACUCUUAUCUUAUAAAGAUGUCGAUGACAAGGAGCCACCAGCGGACAACCCAGAGAGCCCCGUCCUUGAGCGAUCGGAAACUCCGACUCAAACUGAUGUUGAAAUGUCGACUGACGAGCCAGCCCCUUCCGUCUCAAGUACCGAAGCCCAAGGUUCACGGAAUUCAAAGAAAUCAGAAAAGCCUCCCUUUCAAGCAGACGAUCACCCAAUCUACAUCUAUCGAUGCUUCUUGCUUCAGUGCUUGACGGAGCUGCUUUCGUCAUACAAUCAAACCAAGGUCGAAUUCAUUAAUUUCUCCCGCAAGGCGGACCCUCUGGUAACCACGCCAUCCAAGCCCCGCUCCGGAAUUUUGAACUAUCUUCUCAAUGCUCUCGUGCCCGUUGGCACAAUGGAACAUGAUGAAUCUGUCGCCUUCAAGAAGCGCAGUAACACCUCGGCCUGGACGAUGCGUGUCCUGGUCGCAUUGUGUACUAGAACAGGAGAGUUCGGGGGUCAUGGGAGGCGGCGCAACGAUCAGAGUCCUAAUGAAGAGGACGAACCUGACCUGGCUUUCGUACGGAGGUUUGUUUUAGAACACGCCCUGAAAGCCUACAAGGAAGCCAACGCGUCCAACGAGCCUCUGGAUGCCAAAUACUCUCGCUUGAUGUCUCUUGCGGACCUAUUCGACAAGAUGCUUAGCGGCUAUGCGUUCGUCUCGGGUGACACAGCGUUCCCUUCGUCCACAAGGAAACUUGCGAAAACUAUGUUCGAAAAGCAUUUUAUCCCCGCUCUGACGGCAUCUGUUGCUGAAAUCGAUCUGAACUUCCCGUCCUCUAAGCGGGUCAUCAAGUACAUUUUACGCCCUCUGAAUAAGCUUACGCAGACCGCUGUGCUCCUGAGCGAGACGUCAGACAUUUCGAACAUGGCAGGAACGGAAGAUGACGAAAUAUCUUCCGCUACUUCUGUGUCCGACGACAUGGAAGACGAGCGUGAGGAGACACCCGAUCUGUUCCGCCACUCUACCCUAGGCAUGUUGGAACCUCGCCACGACGAAGAAGUAACCAGUUCCGAGGAGUCAGAAGAAGAAGACGAUGAGAUGUACGAUGAUGAAUAUCCUGACGAAAUGGACUACGAAGAAGAGAUGGCGGAGGAUGAUGGGGAAGUGGUCAGUGAUGAAGAAGAUGAAAUUGAAGGCGUCGGACCCAUUGAAGGUCUCCCCGGCGAUCACGGCAUGGACAUCGAAGUUGUAAUCGAUGAUGAGGACGACGAGGACGAUGAGGAUGACGAUGAAGAAGAUGAUGAGGACGAUGACCAUUCCGACAUCGACGAUGAUGAGAUCCUGGCGGGAGAGAUUACAGGUGACAGAGACAAUGAGAGCCUUGAUGAGGGUGACGGGGACGAAUGGGAAAGCGAAGAAAUGUCGGAGGACGAUGAUGAAGCUGACAUCAUGAACCAGCUGGAGGACGAACUCGCAGAUAUUAGACACACAGACCGAAGUCAUGAUGGAGGCCGGCUAGAUGAUAUCUUCCGUGCUUUAAAUGAGGCCGCGGGUGGUGUUGAAGAUCUCCAAGCGGACAGCUUGGGAGAUCUUCAUGACGACAUUGUUGAUGACGAGUUGAACGAAGACGAUGGUUCGUUAUCCCCUUUCCCCACAGGUUCACGUUCACUGCUAACAUGCACUUCAGAAGACGAAGAAAUUGAUGAGUUGGAAGAAGAGCUUGAUGACGCCGAUGAAGACCAAGGCUCCUAUCACGGAUUUGAUGAUGACGAUGACCUUGUUGAUUCUUGGGGAUGGGACGGCGACGAGCCGCCACUGCCGCGUGGUCAUCAUCACCACCGUUUCCGUGGUGGCUCCAACCCCGCAUGGGCUGCGGUCACUGGCAUGUUGCCAAGUCGUCAUGGCAUCGUUCCGAUUCCAUCGUACCGUUUGCAACGGACCCAGGUCCCGCCACGUGGCAACGACGAUGGAACAAACCCUCUGCUGGUGCGAACCGAUCGUGGCCUAGACGCACCUGGACAACGUCGUGGGGCCACUAACGAGGCUUUCACAGACUGGGUGCAUGGUAUGGGGCCAGUAUCAACAGGGCGCCUGCAGCCUAUGGACAGCCCGGUUACCUUCAUGAAUGCCAUCAUGCAGGCCAUUGGCCAAGGCGGUCCGGGGCUUGGAGUCUUCCAUCGCCAAGAUGGCAUCCACGUUCAUGUUGAUAGGAGCGCUAUGUUCUCGAAUCGCAUUCAGGAUAUCUUUGGGCUGGGUAGACCUCAGGCCCCUCCAGCACGGUCUCGAGACGACCCUUCUCAGGCAGUAAGCUUUGCUUUAGCAACAACUCGAAGCCGCUGGCAGGAAGAAGCCCGUAUCUUGUUCAGCAGCACAUAUGUUGAGAAAACCCAGCGUGUUGUCAACUCACUCUUGAAGGUCCUCGUUCCUCCGGCCAUUGAAGAGACCAAACGGCAGGAGGAGGAACGAAUGCGCGUCGCCCAGGAAGAGGAAGAGAAAGAACGAAAGCGAAAGGAAGAAGAGGAAAAGGAACGUAAACAAAAAGAGGAGGAGGAAAAUGCUCGCCAGCAGGAGGAAAGGGAACGAGAAGAAGCAGAACGCGAGGCGUCAGAUGCAGCCCCCGCUUCAGAACCCAUGGACGAUGUGCAGCAAACUGAUGCUACUGCCGAGGCUAGCAUCGCCGUGCCGCAAGCCCAAGCUGAAGCAGGCCCGGCCGAACCUCCUCGCCGAGUGUGGACAACAGUACGAGGCAGCCGUGUUGAAAUCAGCAAUUUAGCAAUCGACCAAGAAUAUCUUGAAGCUCUCCCCGAGGAACUACGAGAAGAAGUGAUAUUGCAGCAAUUGGCUGAACAGCGCUCUCAAGCUGCGGCGGCCGGUGAGGAGCCCAGUGAAAUCAACACCGAAUUUCUUGAGGCAUUGCCUCCAGAGAUCCGGGAUGAGCUCCUCCAACAAGAAGCCGCCGACCGUCGUCGUCGGGAGCGCGAAAACGCUCGUAGGCAAGGAGGGACAGCAGGCCCCGCCGCUGUCCCGGUUCAUGCUGAAGAGAUGGACCCAGCCAGUUUUCUCGCUACUCUUGAUCCGACGUUACGUUCCGCCGUCCUUGCUGAACAGCCUGAAGAGUUACUCGCAAGCCUCGGUCCUGAAUUCGUUACAGAAGCCCGUGCUCUUUCAGGAGGAAGGUCGAGGCUCACCCAGUUCGGCGAUAUCCCACGAAUUGAUCAUCGCCAGCGAACAGAACAAGCUGAUGAUCAAGAGCCCAAGAAACAGCAACGCCGCCAGAUUGUACAAAUGUUGGAUAAAGCUGGGGUUGCCACACUGCUUCGCUUGAUGUUUAUGCCUCUCCAAGGCAACGCUCGUCACCAGCUGAACGAUAUCCUCCACAAUGUAUGUGAAAACCGUCAGAAUCGGAUUGAAGUGAUUAGUCUUCUUCUUUCCGUACUACAAGAUGGAAGCAUUGAUGUCUCUGCGAUCGAACGCAGUUUCGCCCAACUGUCUCUGCGAGCGAAGACUCCUUCUGUUCCGAAAACCCCACAGUCUGUCAAGCGAAGCCUAGGUUUCCAAUCAUCAAAUGUCAGCAACGAGGUAACUCCGAUUAUGGUGGUGCAGCAGUGCCUUGGAGCACUUUCAUAUUUGUCUCAAUACAAUCCUCAUAUUGCCUGGUUCUUCCUAACUGAGCACGACCCGGCUUCUGCUCUCAAGCUGAAGGCUUUCCGCAAGGGCAAAGGCAAGGAGAACAAAGCCAACAAGUUUGCACUGAACGCCCUGCUUUCGCUGCUGGAUCGAAAGUUGAUACUCGAGAGCCCUAAUUGUAUGGAGCAACUCUCGAGCUUAUUGGCAAGCAUCACCCAACCCCUCACUCUACUCCUUCGCCGAGAAAAAGAAAAACAAGCGGAGGAAGAGAAGGAUAAGCAGCCUGAGCAAGAUAAGGGUGAGCAGCCAGCAGAGCUUCAGCAGCCAGCAGAGACCAGCGAGACGACAGCAGCUGUUGGCUCUACGGUGGAUACGAAUAUGACCGAUGCCCCCCCGGAUACCCAAGGCGGAGACUCGCAGGAUGGCGUGACAUCAGCAGAAACUCAAGGUGAGAAUGCAAUGGACGUCAAGACGGAAGCCGCAAAAAACGAAGACGAAAAACCAAAGAGAAGGACUAUCGAGCCCCCAGUUAUCCCAGAGUCCAAUUUGAAGCUAGUGGUUCAUGUUCUUGCGGCUCGCGAAUGCAAUGGCAAGAUCUUCCGAGACGCUCUUUCCACCAUCAACAACCUUUCAGCUGUCCCUGGUGCUCGAGACACUAUUGGCAAUGAGCUUGUCAGCCAGGCCCAGGGUUUGAGCACCACGAUCUUACUUGACCUAGAUGAACUGAUAAAUCAUGUGCACGAAGCCAAGAACGGCACAGAUAUGCAAGGCCUGGCACUUGCGAAAUUCUCUCCAGCCAGCUCUGAUCAGGUCAAGCUACUUCGUGUUUUGACAGCCCUUGAUUAUUUGUUCGAUCCCAGCCGCGCCGAUAAGUCUAAAGCGAAUGACACUGAGAGCUCAGCAACAGAUGUUCUACAGACGUUAUACGAAUGCUCAACAUUUGGACCCCUAUGGACGAGGCUCAGUGAAUGUUUGACGCUUAUCCGACAGAAGGAGAAUAUGAUGAAUGUCGCAACAAUUCUUCUGCCCCUAGUUGAAGCUUUAAUGGUUGUUUGCAAGAAUACCACACUCAAGGAUACUUCUCUUGCCCGUAACAGCCGAGAGCUCUCCGUCUCAAGCGGCUCGGGUGACACAGGGUUGAGUAUGGAGAGCUUAUUCUUCAAAUUCACGGAAGAACACCGCAAGAUCUUGAACGAAUUGGUCCGACAAAACCCACGCCUGAUGAGUGGUACUUUCUCCCUACUGGUCAAGAACCCAAAGGUGCUAGAGUUCGACAACAAGCGCAACUACUUCACUCGCAGAGUGCACUCACGCGGAGCCGAACCUCGCCACCCUCACCCACCGCUUCAGCUGGGUGUGCGGAGAGAUCAGGUAUUCCUGGACUCCUUCCGGGCCUUGUACUUCAAAACCGCCGAUGAGCUCAAAUACGGUAAACUCAAUGUGCGCUUCCACGGGGAAGAGGGUGUUGAUGCGGGUGGUGUGACAAGAGAAUGGUUCCAAGUUCUCGCCCGCGGCAUGUUCAACCCAGAUUACGCGCUCUUCAUUCCUGUUGCUGCCGACAGGACCACCUUCCACCCUAACCGCCUCAGUGGCGUGAAUCCUGAGCAUUUGAUGUUCUUCAAGUUCAUUGGGCGUAUCAUUGGCAAGGCUCUAUACGAGGGGCGUGUACUUGAUUGCCAUUUCAGUCGUGCAGUCUACAAGUGCAUCCUAAGCCGCAACGUGUCAAUCAAGGACAUGGAGACUCUCGAUCUGGAUUACUAUAAGUCUCUUCUUUGGAUGCUCGAGAAUGACAUCACAGACAUCAUUACUGAGACCUUCGCUGUGGAGACAGAUGACUUUGGGGAGAAGCAGACCAUUGACCUGAUUGAAAACGGGCGAAAUAUCCCCGUGACACAGGAGAACAAGGAAGAGUACGUUCAAAAAGUGGUUGAUUAUCGUCUGGUAGCGUCCGUUCGAGAACAGCUGGACAACUUCCUCAAAGGCUUCCACGAGAUCAUUCCCCCCGAGUUGAUUUCCAUCUUCAAUGAACAGGAGCUGGAGCUACUCAUUUCAGGUCUUCCCGAAAUCGAUGUGGAUGACUGGAAGGCAAACACCGAAUACCACAACUAUUCAGCCUCGUCCCCUCAGAUCCAAUGGUUCUGGCGCGCUGUUCGCUCAUUUGAUAAAGAAGAACGGGCAAAGUUGCUACAGUUCGUUACUGGUACGAGCAAAGUGCCUCUCAACGGCUUCAAGGAGCUGGAGGGUAUGAAUGGUGUGAGCCGAUUCAACAUCCAUCGCGACUAUGGCAACAAAGACCGUUUGCCAAGCUCUCAUACAUGCUUUAACCAGCUUGAUCUUCCCGAAUAUGAUAGCUACGAGACUCUACGGCAGCGUUUGUACAUCGCAAUGACCACUGGUAGUGAAUAUUUCGGGUUCGCAUAA